AUGGUAACUAAUCUUUAUGAUGACCAAAGAAAUCGAAUCGGAGAUGAAGGAGCAAAGUAUCUUGCUGAUGCAUUAAAAACGAAUAAAACACUCACAACAUUAAAUUUGUCACACAACAGCAUCGGAGAUGUUGGAGUGAAAUAUCUGAGUGAUGUUUUACAAAAGAAUACGACUCUAACUAUUUUGGAUCUUUCUUGGAAUCAAAUUGGAGACAUCGGUGUACAAUAUUUAGCUGAUGCACUGCGAAACAACCAAACACUACUCGCCCUCGAUCUUGAAGAAAAUCAAAUAGAAGAUAAUGAUUUACAGUAUUUAUAUAAUGCUUUGAUAGAUAACAAAACACUUAUCAAACUGGAACUCCAAGGAAAUCCUGGUAGCUAUUGCACAAGUAUCAGUGCAGCAGUUCAGAUACGAAACGACAAAACAAUCACUAAAAUAGAUCUUAAACAUAAAAGUACCGGCGACAAUGAUAUUAAAUUUGUGAGUGAAGCAUUACACAACAACGAAACAAUCACCGAGUUAAAUCUUUCGGAGAAUAAAAUCGGUGAAAGAGGAGUACAACAUUUAUGUGACGCAUUACAAAAUAACAAAACAUUAGAAAUAUUGACACUUUCGCAUAAUGAAAUAAAUGACAUUGGAGUACAAUAUGUAGCUAAUGUCUUACAAAAUAAUACUACAAUUAUUACACUUGAUCUUCAAUCAAAUCAAAUUGGAGAUGCUGGAGCACAAUACUUAGCUGAUGUCCUAAGAAACAAUAAAGUACUUAUUACACUUAAUCUUGAAUCAAAUCAAAUUGGAGAUGCUGGAGCACAACAAUUGGCUUUUGUCUUGAAAAACAACGAAGUAACGAACUUUUUUGGUAAUCGUACAUCGAAUUAUCUUGAUUGUUGUAUUUAG